AUGUUUGCGAGGGUAACUUUUUAUCCUUCUUUACUUUAUAAUAUUUUUAUGGAAAGAUUUACUGAUCGAAGAUGGUACGAUAGGAUUGAUGAAACCGUUAUUUUAGGUGCUCUGCCGUUCCAGAAAAUGACAAAUCAGUUACUUAAUGACGAAAAUAUCAAAGGAGUGGUUUCAAUGAAUGAAAAUUAUGAAUUGCUUUUUUUUUCAAAUUCAGAAAAAGAAUGGAAUAAAUAUGGUGUUGAAUUUUUACAACUAAGUACGACAGAUAUUUUUGAAACUCCUUGUCAAGAAAAAUUAUUAAAAGGUGUAAAUUUUAUAAAUAAAUACAAAAAAUUAAAUGGUUCUGUGUAUGUGCAUUGCAAAGCGGGAAGAACUAGAAGUGCAACACUUGUCGGAUGUUAUUUGAUGAAGGAACAUUCAUGGAGUCCAGAACAGGCAGUUAGUUUCAUGAAAAGUAAAAGGCCACACAUAUUGUUAAGAACAGCACAAUGGGAAGCUCUAAAGUUAUUUCAUUUAAAUAACAUUAAAGAAAGCUGA